AUCUUCUGCAGUGGCCACAAAUCAGCAAGUGCAGAUCACCUGAACUGGAGACAUUUUCAUGUUAUUGGACUGAUGGAAAUUUUUAUAAUCUAACUGCUCCAGGAACAAUACAGCUAUUGUAUAUGAAAAGGAAUGAUGAAGACUGGAAAGAAUGUCCUGAUUAUAUCACUGCAGGAGAAAAUAGCUGUUAUUUCAACACGUCUUACACCUCUAUUUGGAUACCAUAUUGUGUUAAGCUUGCCAAUAAAGAUGAAGUAUUUGAUGAAAAAUGUUUCAGUGUUGAUGAAAUAGUACUACCUGAUCCCCCUGUCCACCUUAACUGGACUCUGCUAAAUACUAGUCAGACUGGGAUCCAUGGGGAUAUCCAAGUAAGAUGGGAUCCGCCACCAACAGCAGAUGUUCAGAAGGGAUGGAUUACUCUGGAGUAUGAAUUGCAGUACAAAGAAGUUAAUGAGACAAAAUGGAAGGAGCUAGAACCCAGGCUCUCAACAAUGGUCCCGCUGUACUCUCUGAAGACGGGAAGAGGUUAUGAGAUAAGAGUUCGAUCAAGACAACGAACUUCUGAAAAAUUUGGGGAGUUCAGUGAUAUCCUUUAUGUAUCUUUUUCUCAAGCAGGCCUUGAACUUGUUCAUUGUCCUGAAGAAAUUGAGUUUCCCUGGUUCUUAGUUGUCAUCUUCGGAGCAUGUGGGCUGGCUGUAACAGUGAUCUUAGUCCUGUUGUCUAAACAACCAAGAUUAAAAAUGCUGAUUUUUCCUCCUGUGCCAGUUCCAAAGAUUAAAGGGAUUGACCCCGAUCUUCUAAAGAAAGGAAAGCUAGACGAAGUGAACUCCAUCUUAGCCAGCCAUGACAGCUACAAGACACAGCUGUACAAUGAUGACUUGUGGGUUGAGUUCAUUGAGUUGGACAUAGAGGACCCUGAUGAAAAGAACAGAGGUUCAGAUACCGACCGGCUCCUGACUGAUGAUCAUCUGAAAUCACACAGUUGCCUGGGGGCAAAGGAUGAUGAUUCUGGACGGGCCAGUUGUUGUGAACCAGAUAUUCCAGAGACAGACUUCAGUGCUAGUGACAGGUAUGAUGCUAUCUCUAACAUUGAUCAGUUCAAAAAGAUAACUGAGAAAGAAGAGGAUCUCUUGUGCCUUGAUAGGAAAGAUAACGAGUCGCUUCCUAGUCUAAUCUUAGAUACAGACACCCAAAAGCCUAAUACGAAAAAUGUUAAAAUUCCGUGUGAAAAUAAUGAGUUGUGGCCACCUUUUGCUGACGGUGUUGAAGCAUCCAGUCCCUCAGUCCAUACCCAGCUAAGUAACCAGAAUUCCCUGACAAAUACUGACUUCUAUGCGCAAGUGAGUGAUAUUACUCCAGCAGGCAGCGUCGUCCUCUCUCCUGGGCAGAAAUCCAAGGUGGGGAGAGCAGAGUGUGAGGGUUGUGCAGAACAAAACUUCACCGUGGACAGUGCCUACUUCUGUGAGGCAGACGUGAAAAAAUGCAUUGUUGUGACUUCGCAUGAGGAGGGAGAGCCAUGCGCUCAAGAGCAAAGCUGCAACGAGGACGUUUACUUCACCACAGAGAGCCUUACCACUACCGGCAUCAGCCUCGGGGGGCCGGCAGCAGAAACCCCGAGCUUGGAGAUGCCUGUGCCAGACUAUACUUCUAUUCAUAUAGUUCACUCUCCACAAGGCCUUGUGCUCAACGCAACUGUGCUGCCUGUGCCAGACCAAGAAUUUAACGUGUCCUGUUUGACUAGGUGUAUGCAGUAUUUCACGGCAGAGAGUCAGCUUGGGCUUGUAUGCUGA